AUGGCCAUUCUCGAAGACCUUCUCGCCCACCCAACUCUCCUCCUCCCAACUCUCCUCCUCCUCCUCCUCCUCCUCCUCCUCCUCAUAAUCCCCAAAAUCUACAACGCCGUCUACGACCCCAUCCCAGGCCCUCUAAUCUGUCGUCUCACCCCCUUUUGGACAUACUACCACUCCAUCCUCGGAGACGAAUCCACACAAAUCACAACUCUACACGAAAAAUACGGCCCCAUAAUUCGAAUUUCCCCUUAUGAAAUUGUGAUUUCAGAAGGAGAAGCUCUAGGACCAAUAUAUAGCGAAAAGGGAGGAGGGUUUCUUAAAGCGCCUUGUUAUAAGAAUUUCGAUUUCGAGGGCGUUGAGACGAUUUUUUCUACCCUUAGUCCGAGGGAUAGAGCGAGGAGGAGUAAAGCUGUGAUGCCGCUGUUUAGUACUGGGAAGCUUGUUAGGGAGGGGAAAGGGGUUUUGGAGAGGUGUGCGGGGAGGUUUGUGGGGAGGUUGCAGGAUUUUAAGGAUGAGGGGAAAAAGAGGGUUGAUGUUUUGGAUUUGGCGAGAGGGUUUGCUAUUGAUGCUGUUUGUGGGUAUCUUUUUGGGUGUGAUUAUGGUGGUUUGAAGGAAGAACGGGAAGAGGAAGGGAUGAGUGCGACGGGGUAUGUGGAUUCGAUUGUGAAUUUGGGGAGGUUUUUCUUUUUGCCGCCUUGGUUGUUUCGGAUUGUUUCUACCGUUCAUGCGUGGUUGCAGGGCAAGGAUUCAGGAAUCGAUGGGAGUACGGAGAGUGUGGAAGGAUUCACGGCUCCUUUGGUGAAAGAGGCGGUGGAAGGGCAGGGUACCGAGGGAACAUAUCAGAGUCGGUUGCUGAAAGCGGGCAUCUCUGAACACGAAACAGACGUGCAAAUGAAGGAUGUCAUUUUCGCUGGAACGGAUACAUCGGCCAUGAAUCUUGCAAUGAUUGUUUGGAAUUUGGUAAAGUACCCCGAGUGCUACAAGAAACUCCAAGCAGAAAUUCUCGAGGCCGAACAGCGGGACCCAAGUUACAAUCCACAAAGCCUCAGCUACCUUGACGGUGUAAUCCGCGAAGGCCUGCGUACCUCUCUUGCGAACGCAACUCGUUUCCCCCGCCAGGUUCCGCCUUCAGGAUUCACAUACCAAGCCCGUGAUGGACAGUCAUAUUUCCUCCCCGGAGGAACAUUGGUGGGAAUGCAGCCCUUCACCCUGCACUUCAACCCCGAAAUUUUCCCUGAUCCUUGUGCUUUCAAACCCGAGAGAUGGAGCAAUGCCACGCCAGCUAUGCUUCGAGAUUUCAUCCCCUUUGGUCUGGGACCUAGGCAAUGCAUCGCGCGAAAUCUAGCUAUGAUGGAGUUAGCGUUUGCCGUGAGAGCUUUGGGGAGGGGGAAUGUGCUUGAAGGGGCUGAAGUGAUGGAGGGGAAGAUCGAGGUGAUGGAGUGGUUCAAUUCAAAGGUCGUUGGGGGGAAGAUUGAGGUGGAGUGGAAGUGA